CGCGGGACAGACUUUCAUCCAUUUUAGCUAACAUUUCCAUGAAGUUAUAACAAAUUAAUGUUAUCCCGGCCAAUAAAUGCUAUUGUAAAAUCAUUGUUUUUUAUAAACACUUCAAUUAAACUUUCUAUACUCUUACAUAACCUGUGUAAUACACUCCCAACCGCUUUCAGGCCAGUAAAAGCGCUUUCUGUUUAUAUUUUCGUAUAGCCUAUUUCCUCCCCAUCUCACAUUAUAGCUCUCAAAUUUCGCUCGCUCUCUCACUAUCGCUCCUCUAUUUUUCGCAUAUGUGAGUAGGUGCUUGAUUUAACGUACAUUUAGAUGCGUGUGUUUUUGCGCUAAUUCAUGUGUUGAUAAUGUUAACAGAGCCCCUCCACGGUGAGUGUACAUACGUCACCAAAUGCAUAAAGUAACGAUUGAUAUAUCAGAUUUAGUAUUCUGCGGCAGCAGCUGAAUUCAACAACACUGCAAACAUUCGGCCAAACAGGUUUCAAAAUUCAGAGAAUUCACAAUCGAUUGCUUCUUGCCGCGACGUAUGAGAAAAAAAAAUACUCAAAGAAUUUUAUUUCUCAGCUUCACCAAUUCUGUCCACCAACAUUUGUCACAGUUUCUGUCACAGUUUGGUAACGAAGACUAAAUUACAUGAAAUGACUCAACUGGUUCUUAGGUAUGUCUAAAGCUUUGAAUUUAACAGAGGAGGAAUUCCAAGGCGCAAAGAUUUUUCCAAACUUUACAGAUAGUAACCGAAUACCAGAACGUUUGUCCUCUGUAACUUACUGUCACAACUCUGCACGUCCACAGUUAUUUUAUUUCUUGGUUGUGUAAAACAGACACAAAGUACAACUAACGUAUAUUCAUUGUUAUAUCGUAUAACAUAUAUUGAUACUUGAUUGGUAAAUGACAUACUUGUUAAUCGAUAAUAAAUGGUGCUGAUGUUCUGUGAAAUAUAACUGAACUGCAGAUUUUUUGUUCAUCAUUUUGGAAGAACACAUAACAUUUCAAUAGCGUUACACUUUUGGGACCAAACUCCUUUUAUGUAAUGAAGUCAAAUGCAACAAGUGUCUCUUAGUAUUUGUCUAAGUAUUUUGGACUUACAUCUUUUAUCGAUUAUAUUUUCAGAUUCUGAUCAUCAAGUAAAACGUUGUGAAAAUUGGUAAAAAUUGAAAUUUACACAAAAUGUCUAAAUUUACCAGCUGGAUUAAACGUUAUUACUCAUGCCGAUGGAGAUUAUGUUAUGCCUCUACUGCAGCGUUUCUCGUUAUGCAAACAUUAAGAGUUGAUCUAAGUAUGGCAUUUGUGUGUAUGUUGAAAACGCCCAAUCGUACAAACGAAGAAGUUAACAUUUCUGCAAACAACCAAGAGUGUUCCAGUUCAGAUAAUCAUUCCAUAAAUCAAAAUUUUAAAGGAGAAUUCGAAUGGAGUGAUACGUUACAAUCGAACAUGCUGGCUGGGUACUUCUAUGGAUAUGUAAUAACAAACAUUCUAGGUGGUUUAUUGGCUGAUAAAUACGGUGGGAAAAGAGUUGUCGCAGGUUCAAUACUUUCAGCAGGCAUUCUGACCAUUCUUCAUCCAAGUUUGUCUCGAAUUAGUGGUUACAUUACGCUUGUUCUCAGAAUUUUAACAGGUUUGUUAUCAGGACCGAUAAUCCCAGCAGUUCAGUCCUUAUAUGGUCGUUGGGCGCCUCCGCAAGAAAUCAGUUUAUUGGUUGGGUUUACAUUUGCAGGUCAAAUUCUAGGGAGUGUUGUAGGUCUUUCAACAUCAGGUUAUCUUUGUGUUUAUGGCUUUGACAAUGGAUGGGGUUCUAUAUUUUAUGUAUUCGGUGGAUUAUCGUUAGUGUUUAGUUGUGUGUGGUUUUAUGUUGUUUAUGAUACUCCAGAUGUCCAUCCAACUAUCAGCGAAAAAGAACAUUCUUAUUUAAACAGAAGUAUAAUAAGUGAAAAGGUAGUUAAAACAGUGCCAUGGAUACAACUGAUUUCUUCACCUGCAGUUUGGGCCAUUUGCUUUGGUUGGUUUGCUCAUAGUUGGACUGAUUUGUCUUUCCAGGUGUUGCUUCCUCUCUAUAUGAAAGAAGCCUUAAACGUUAAUGCAACCUCCAACGGUUUAAUGUCAUCUGUUCCAUCGCUUGGACUGAUCAUCGCACUACCCCUGUGGGGGAACUUAGCUGAUUUUAUACGUUUAAAGAAAUAUAUGUCAACUCGUUGUGUUCGAGUUUUAUUCCAAACCUUUGCACUAAUUGCUUCAGCAUGUCUGUUGAUUGCCGUAGGAUUCCUCAGAUGCGACCAAACCAUUCCAAUAAUUACGCUCUUGUUUCUCAUUGGAAUAACUUUAUCAUUUACCAGUGGUGGUGUUCUCGUCAACAACAGUGAUAUUGCUCCAAGUUAUGCUGGGACCGUAUUUGGAAUUGCUAAUGCUUUCGCAACAAUGUCUGGUAGUAUCAGUUCCUUAACUACAAAAGCUCUAACCCCAAACGGUACACAAGAAGAAUGGCAGAUUGUGUUAGCCUUGUGUGCUGCUAUAUGUGUAGUCGGUGCGAUAUUGUACGCAAUAUUGGCAAAGGGAGAAACCGAAAAAUGGGCGAUUUCGAAAGACUUUGCUUUAUCUGUUCCUCUUAACGAUAUGAACACAAAUACAACGGUUUAACUAGAUUACUGGAAUCUUAGCGAGAUCAAACCUGACAAGAUCUUACAUUUGUUUACACCGGUGUCUGUGUAAUGUAAGUAUGUAUAUAUCUGUUAAGUAAACAGUGUAGCUAUACAAUUAACAUUAAUAUAUUUUAUUUAAAAUAUCACAAGCUAAAUCGUCGAACAGAUAGCUUAUGGUAACUAUUUUCUUCUCUCAAAUAUAUAUAGACAUACCACACACACACACACACACACACACACACACG